AUGGAGACGCUUGCCAUGGGCGCCCUGAACAGCAUGUACACUGUCGGAGUGGGAGUUGCAUGUGCCGCCUUCGUGACCACUGAGUUGCGGAGACGGUUUGACUUGACCAACGUCAACUUGAAAAUGCAAUCUGUGUCUAUCCUCUGCCACAGCUUGCCAGAAUCAUGUGCAUUGGGGACCACGCUUUUGGUGGCCUUGGCCAUGCGUCUCUUCUCAAACCCAGACAGGAAUGUCUCGAGCAAUCCUGCCGAGAUCCAAGUUUGGGAGCAGAUCAAGCAGGAGUGGCCUGUUCUGAUGGGUGCUGACACCCUGCUGGCUGUCCAGGCCAUGCUGAGGCUUCUCGUGUGGGCUGUGGUCGUGCUGCGAACUCGAUGUGCGGUAACAUCACCCCUGUCAGGAUCGUCUUCCAUGCUCUUCUUGUCAGCGGCCGGAGCGCGCAGCCUGCUUGCGGUGCAGACUGCAGCCUACGGCCUGGAUGGCCCUCUGGGAGGUUCUUUUGCCGUCUUUUGUGAGGCGACCUCUGCUGCAUGGCUCACAGCCAUGUGCUCCAAGGUCGGUGCAGUUUCCGUGCACUCGGGCGCUGCCUGUGCGAUGGCGCUUUGGGCCGCGUCGCGGCACUACCUGAACUUGUCGGGCUCCGAGCCCGGAGGGGACUUCUCCCACGACAAGCUCUUCAUCCUUGCGCAUUGCCUCGAGUUCUUUGCAGCAAUGGCUUUUCUUGCGCAGUCUGUGCGCUGCGUGGUUGGGGUCUCUGAAAGUCAGGGCCGCACGCUGGGUCCGCGCAGGAGUCCGUGGGAUGGCUUCGUGUACUUGAUCCUUGCAAUCCAGCAAGCUCUGCCGGCAUACUACUUCUUGACAGCCUUCGCACCUUCGCAAAGUCUCGUAGGUCAGGGCCGACCAUUUUGCGUUCUGAUAAUGGCAAACUUGCUUCAAUUGGCAUUCUUACUCUGUGCCCUGGCCUUCUAUCUGGCUGGCCUGCUGGGCACCGACUCGAGCGUGCAAGCAGAGGGAGAUGACGACAGCGCGCAGGGGCUGGUUCAGUCCCGCGGCAUCCCCGUGGCUCUGGAGGGCAAGGACCUGCUAUGUCGAGCACGCACUGGCAGCGGCAAGACGUUGUGCUAUGCCAUACCACUCGUCCAGCGUUUGCUUCAGGAGGUGGAAGCCAAAGGUGCUGCGACACCUCUGAGUGGCCUCAUCCUAGUUCCCACCAAGGAGCUGAUAGCGCAGGUUCACCGUGUGGUGACCUCUCUGCUCACCUUCUGCUUCGAUGUUCUAACAGUGGACAUCCUCUUGUCGGGUGAGAAGUACAGCAAAGCAGAGUUGCCUGUCAUGUUGGUGACAACGCCUUCCUCGCUGCUCGCCUUGGUGAAGCAGCGCCAGGCCCGCGGGGCGAUGAGAGCGCUGUCAGAGACACUGAAAGUCUUGAUCCUGGAUGAGGCCGACCUCAUGUUCUCUUAUGGCUAUGAGGAUGACGUCAAGGCUCUCUGUGCCUUGAUGCCGGCGAAGUAUCAGGCGAUGUUGGUCUCUGCCACAUUGUCUGAGGAGGUAGAGCAGCUGAAGGGCCUCAUGCUUCACAAGCCCGUCGUCCUCAAGCUCGAGGAGCCAAGGGUGACUGGAAAGUUGUCCCAAUUCUACUUCAUCUGCCACAAGACCGACAAAUAUCUGAUCAUCUACACGCUUCUGAAACUCCAGCUGAUACAGGGCAAGACGCUGAUUUUUGUGCAAAGCGUCGAGGCAGCUUACAGGCUGAAGAUUUUGCUGGAGCGCUUCAGCAUAAAUUCAGCCGUGCUGAACUCUGAGCUGCCACAUGCCAGCCGUCAAAACAUUAUCGACUCCUUCAACGAGGGGGCUGUUGAGCUCCUCAUUGCCACAGAUGAAGGCCUUGGAGGAAAUGAGGAAGAAGACAUGGCAGAAGAGGAGGUUGAUGAGGAGGAAGAGGAAGAAGAGGAGGAAGGUGAAGAAGAUGAAGAGGUGGAUGGCAAGGAGGACCUCAAGACACCCAAGAGUGACAAGGCCGCUGCCGAAGCUCCCACUGCUCGCAGGUCCGCACUGCGGAAUAAAGCGCCCCCAGCGCACGAGGCGGAGAGUGCAAAGGAUGCAAAGGGUGCGGAAGAGGGUGAGGAGGAAGCUGACGAGGAGGAUGAAGAGGUUGAUCCUGCAUCCUCAGCUCAGAGCUCAAAGCCGGCGAAGCAGUUGCGCUUCAACUUGCCACCGCAAAAGCGCGGGCGCAAGGCAAAGGACGAGCAAUACUCUCUCACUCGAGGCGUGGACUUGCAGGGAGUCAGUACGGUUCUGAACGCAGAUGUUCCAACAUCGGUGCGGGACUACGUGCACCGUGUGGGACGCUGCGCGCGCGGAGGGGCUAGCGGCACCGCGCUUACUAUCUGCACCCAUGAAGAGCAGCCGAUGCUAUCCAAAAUCAUCCAGGCCCAAAGCCGCACAGGUACUGGGCUGCAAGCCCUACCAAUGCAGAUCUCAGACGCAGAGCGUUUCCGCUACCGCGUAGAAGACAUGGCAAGAGGCCUCACAAAGAAGGCGAUCUCGAAGUAUCGGGCUCGUGAGCUGCAAAUGGAGGCUUUACAUUCUGAGAAGUUGAAAGCAUACUUUGAAGAACACCCAGAUGACAAAAGAGCCCUGCAGAGGAUGCAGCGAGCCCUUCGCGAGCGGAAGUCUGUGAGACAGCAUCUGAAAAGUAUCCCAUCCUACUUGGUGCCAGAAGCCUUUCAAAAAACUACGCCUGUUCAGAAGGCGGUUCGUGAAGCCAACGCAAGCGCAGGAAAGCCGACCAGCGCGGUGAGGCGGAAGCGCUUGAUGAAGGCAAAGCAGCAGGAUCCCUUGCGGAGCUUUGACGUUCCGGGCGUUGAGAAACGAAGGGAUCGCUUCACGCGAGACAGAAUGAUUGCAAAGGACAGGAGGAUGGACCCCACGACAACCAACGUCGAGGCAUUGCCUCCCCUGUCCCGGCACAAGCUUUGGAAGUUGCAGCACGGCAAGCGCCUUCGCAAGCCCACCGACGUCCUCGGUGAGCGGCGGCGCUUGACUCCUGGGGAGCGCAAGCGGCGGAAGAAGUUUGGAUGA